AUGCGUUUCACCUCAACACUUGCCGCUUUGGGACUCGCCAUGGGCACACGAGCUGAAACGCAUGGUGAGGGGGAUGAGGGCACCAUCAUGGGACCCGUUGCAUUCCUGUGGCCGGACGAUCGUAACUGGACAGCUGCUUAUGACAACACGGCGCAAGGAGAGGUUGCCCUUUCCAUUGCUGACGAUGCUUGGAGGGUCGCUUUCUACAUCUCCUUUGACAACGAUCCGACAAGCCAGAGUGACUUCACAGAGCAGAUCGUGAGCAAUGUGACGGAGAUUGAGCCUGGCCACCAGUGCUAUAAGAUCGAUUCCCUUCCCAGUACCGUCGCUGCAGGAUCGAACGCUACCAUCCAGCUUGAGUACUGGGCCCACUACGAAGAAGAGAAUAAUGGGAACAAUGAGACGUUCUAUGCCUGUGCAGAUGUCUACUUUGUCGAAGCCUCCGAUUUCUCUGUCCAAGUUCCAUGCUUCAAUGUGACUGCGGAGAGCUUCGACUCGACCGUGACGGCAACGUCAUCCGCUGCGACCGUGACCUCCACCUCGUCCUCGAGCAGCGGCUCAAGCGGCCUAAGCAAGGGAGCCAUUGCGGGUAUUGCUGUCGGUACAAUAGUCGGAUCACUGGCCAUCGUCGGCGCGGCCGCCUUCAUGCUGUUCAAGAAGAGAAAGACUGGUGCUACUCCAUCUGACGCUCCGAUGCAGUUGGGCAUGACGAAGAAGGUUCCUGACACUGGUAGCGUUAUUUCAACCCAUUGA